AAUGUCAUAGUUCAAAUUUUGGAAAAAUAAACAAAUUUAUUCUUAAUAUAAAACAGUAUUAGUCUAUAUAAUGGAUGUGAAACAAGAGCUAGAAGAUGCUUUCAUUGAAGAGGAAAAAUUUGAUAUCAAAGAACAUAAUAUCAAACAAGAAAACGACAAACUAACAUCUGAUGAGAUAAUUUAUGAAGAAGAAUUAAAGUUUAAAUUGGACACAGAUGAGAUCCAUUCAGAUAAAACUUACUCUAAUGAUAAUUUUAAUGAUGGUUUGAAUAAAGGUGUGGUUAAUUAUCAGACAAGAAUAUUAAAAAGAAAACUACAAAGAAAUCGAACGUCGUUCACAGAUUACCAAAUUGACUUAUUAAAGGAAGGAAAUUUAUCUCGUCGGAACUAUAUGAAGUUUGAAGGUAUUUUCAUUUGUAAGAUUUGUGGAAACUUAUGCACUAAGAAAUUUGACAUCCUCCAUCAUAAUUUCACACAUUUUGUUAAGAAACCUAGUCGAAACAUAAGUCAGAAACAAAGACUGUUGAAAUGUGAUUUUAGUUUAAUGCCGUUUUCUAAAAGUACUAGUUUAAUUCGAAAAAAACUUGCCCAAAAAGAUCGUGGCAGUUUAAGUGUACAUAAACGUAGUGCAACUUCCAAAAAACCAGUUUUUUGUAAUAUUUCUCCGAAAUCUACGUCUUCAAGUUUAGUUGAACACAAAGAUAUUAGCAUAGACAGAAAAACAUUUAAAUGUGACAUUUGUUUGAAAACUUUUUCAAAGAAAUCUAAUUUGAAUAAACAUUUGUUAAGUCACACUACAGAAAAGCCCUUCAAAUGUGAUGUUUGUUUGAAGACUUUCUCAUGGAAACAUCACAUGAAUAGACAUUAUCUAAGUCACACCAUAGAAAAACCAUUUAAAUGUGAUAUGUGUUUGAAAACUUUCGCGCAAAAACCUAAUUUGAAAGUGCAUUUGCUAAGUCACACAGGAGAAAAGCCAUUCAAAUGUGACAUUUGUUUAAAAUCUUUCUCACAGAAACAUCAUUUGAAAAUACAUUCGCUAAGUCACACUGGAGAAAAGCCAUUCAAAUGUGAAGUUUGUUUGAAAAGUUUCACGCAGAAAUCUUAUUUAAAUAGACAUUUGCUAAGCCACACUAGAGAAACAGCAUUCAAAUGUGACAUUUGUUUAAAAAUUUUCUCACAGAAGUUUCCUUUGAAUAGACAUUUGUUAAGUCACACCGGAGAGAAACCAUUCAAAUGUGACAUUUGUUCAAAAACUUACACCCGGAAAGAUUAUUUGAAUGAACAUUUGCUAAAUCACACUGGAGAAAAGCCUUUCAAAUGUGAUGUUUGUUCAGAAUCGUUUGUAUCUAAAUAUCGUUUGGUUGUUCAUAAACGUUUUCACACUAGUGAACAUAUUGUUUAAUGUAUCAUCAGUUCGAAGUGGUUAGUCAGAGAGAGUAUCGUCAGAAUCUUGCAUAAUCUGCUUUAAUGGCUAAUUAAUAUCUGCGAAAAAUACUUUUUGGUCUUAAAUGACACAUGGAGAGGCAGAUAUACAACAUUUCAACUAAAAGUUUCUUAUAUAUUGUGAUUUUCUUUUUGUAUAUAAUUUGCUGUAAAUUAAAGUUAUGUUUUGUAAUAAUAAACGAUUAUGUGAGAAAAGGAA